UUGAUGCGCGGUGUUCUGUAGCGUCUCCCACGGUUCUCCUCUCCUCUAUUCGGGAAACCUAUCCUACUCGUCAGAAUCAAUGCGAAUCAGCAGCGAUAGGCGCGCUGAUGCUGUGCGGUCUGUAGCUUUCUAUUCUCUGGAGAAUAAGGACUAAACUCUCUGUUACACGUUUCUUCUUGCAUAGCUCUUCAGUGCAACGGGGAAGACAGACAACAUGAUUUGCUUUAUCUUCGUGGUUCUAUGUGGAUUGUCUGGCAGUGCGCUCGCAAAAGGUAAAGUGGAGAGGGAGCCUAAGGGGAAGUUCAGUGUUCCUGUUCUGGAUGUGAAAAGUCGACAGCUGGUCCUGGAGGCCAACCAGACGCUGACGAUCCACUGCAGGGGUCGAUGGGAGCUGUCGUGGGUGUUCCCUGGAGGUGUGGCCAGAGAUAAAGAGAGUGUGCAAUUGGAGGAUUCUCGCUGUGGGAGGCAGAGCCAGCAUUACUGCAGCCAACUGAUUAUUAGCUCAGCACAGGCCCAGCACACAGGAUCGUUCCGGUGUCGGUACAGCCAUCGGACCCGCAGGCAGAGUGCUGUCUACAUCUAUGUCACAGACAGACAGCGGCCAUUUGUGAGGGAGCAGAAUAAAAGUCCAGACGUGGUGUAUAUCAAGGAGAGCCAGCCACUGGUCUUCCCCUGUAGGGUCACCAACCCUGACGCCACCGUGUCAUUGGUCAAGUUCCCUGACCGUGAGUUGACCCCAGACCAGAGGAACAUAGUGUGGAACAGCAGACAGGGCUUCCUUAUCCGCAGUCCCACCUACUUCUACAUCGGCCUGUUCUCCUGCAAGACCUCUGUCAACGGGACCACACACUCCCUCAGUUACCUCACACACAGACAAGUGAAUAAGAUUAUGGAGGUGUAUCUGAACAGUACCAGUCCAGUCCAGACUUUACAGGGGGACAGUCUGGCCAUCAACUGUACUGUCACUGCAGAGUGGAACAGCAGAGUGUCCAUAAGCUGGGACUACCCUGGGCAGGUAAACAGGGCAGCCAUAAUUAGUAGGCGUAUCAUGGCCAGUAAAACUCACAUGGUGUUCUACAGUAUUCUGUCCAUCCCUAAACUCCACCGCUCUGACAGAGGGCUCUAUAUCUGCCGAGUGACCAGUGGACCGGUCAGCCGAGAGACUAACGUGUCUGUCACAGUCUACGACCGUCCGUAUAUCCGUCUGACACCCAGACAAGGGGCUAUAGUGGAGGCUUAUGCAGGACAGAAAUCCUACCGACUCUCCCCCAAACUACGGGCCUUCCCUGCCCCAGAGAUUAUCUGGUUGAAGGAUGGGAAGGUAGCAGCAGAACAGUGUUCCCGUUAUCAUGUGGAUGGGAAUUCCCUGGUGAUCCGGGAUGUGGCGAAGGAGGACGCAGGGAAGUACACUAUCCUGGUGGGAAUCCAGGAGCACAGACUCUACCAGAACCUAACGCUCUCUCUGGUGGUCAACGUGAGUCCUGGAAUAGGGGAGAAGGCGGUGUCAUUGCAGGACCCAGGUAGUCUCCCGCAGGGCAGCAGACAAGCCCCGCACUGCAGCUCCCACGGAGUCCCCCCUCCUCACAUCGCCUGGCUCUGGCACCCCUGCCCCCCCAAAGGCCUCUCUGGCGGAACACGGGCCUGAUGCCGCGCCGGAGGAGGCCCAGCGACAGUGGGCCAGGCUGGGCCAGGCUGAUAGGGACCUGGGUCCUCAGGGUAGGGUGUGGGUCUAGAGCCUGUUUCUGGCCCUGGAUCCUUGGACCUGGGUCUGGGGCCUGGAUCCACCCUGCUAAAUGACUUAAAUGUAAAUGUAAAUGUCUGGGUCCUUGGUGCUGGAUGUGUCCCUGGGUCCAGUUGUGGAUCCUUGGUCUUGUCCUGGGCCCUGGGAACCGCAGCGCUCUUAUCUGGCCCGGGCAGGAGGCUCGCCGGGUUUCCUGUGCGAAAAUCAGAGCGCUUUUCCUCUCCUUGUUUGGCUUCCUCCCCGACGCGAGACGCUUCCCAGCAGCGUGAUUGUCCCUCCGUCUUCAAACGUGGCAGAGUCCUGCUUCCUCAAGGGCUUGAUCUAUUCUUGAGACCCCCCCCCCUCCCCUUCUCAUUCCCCCCUCCCCUGGCCUUCCCCCCCUCGCCAGCUCUGCCCCUCAUCCCCAAACCUUCGUUUCACUUCAUUAAAAUAUCCCCCCACACCACCAUCACCACCACCACCACCAUCACCCCUCCACACCUCCACCACACUCAGCAGGGCUGUUUCCAAGGCAGCCGGCGCCUUCAAUGACAGACAUUACAGCCACCCAGCGACCCCACAUUGGUGCUCUCUGGGAUCUUGGGGUUGGAGGGCAGGGGGGGGCAGGACAGUGACCUGGUACACUGUUGAAGAGGAGGAUGAGGAAGAAGAGGAGUGAGAGGUCACACCACACUGAGGACAAUGAUCUGAUCUGCUUUUAAUGGUUAUUAUUAUAUUUAUUUAUUUCCCCUUACCCAGGUUGCAUUUUUACACCCCUUUUCUGGCAUUUUUUUUUUUACAUUGUUACUUUUCUCAUUGUUACUUUUUUUUUGAGCCAGAAAGAAGUGCCCUUCCAUCCUUCCACUAAGCCACGUUUUUCUGGAGCUGCUUUUGCUUCUUGUGUUCCUAGAGUGGUACUAUAAUGGGUACAUGAGCCUGUCCCCAGCCCCGAGCCCUGCCAUCCUGUUGUAGUUCUGACAUCCACAAAAGCUGUGAGUUCUGACUGUAAAUCAUAUACCUUAUAAGUAAGUUGCUACAUCUCAGAUGGGCGAGCGGGAGACAGAGAGAGACAGAGACAGAGACAGAGAGACAGAGAGAGACAGAGAGAGAGAGAGAGAGAGAGGAGGAGGUAUGCUCUGGGAUGCCCUACAGUUUUCUAUUACUGGAAGAUACUCUGGGACUGCUCAUCAAACACCUACCAUGUAGGAGUUACCCAGGACCCAGAGUCAAUGACAGUCAUAUGUCAUCUUAUGUCAUGUUAUGUCAUUUGUAAGGUGUUUCACUGUAUAUCAACCAUUUGUCAUCCAGAGUGAAUUUAUGUAUUAUACUGCAAUUUAUUGUGUGGAAAAUAGUUUGUCUUUGCGUGUGAUAUAUGAAGAAUGUAUUUCCAAAAUGCUAUAUAUCAAUUUUCAGAAAUGUUGGUAAAUUAGCUUUUAUUGUUUAAAGUUAUGAAAGAGAUUGGUGUAUUUUUUCACUAUCUAAUCAUGACAUGGGGUUGUUCAAUGAAAGACAUGUAUUUUUUUUAAAUCUCUCACUUGAUGGUUUCAUUUCAGAGAAAAAUUGUUUUACAUUUCUUUUGCAAAACGCUAAAUAUCUGCCUCACUCUCAGAGAAACAAGUAGUCCUGCUAGGUAUUACACAUUCAAAUGUAACAAAUAACUACAUUUUGAAUAAAGAACUGUUCAAAUGAUA